CGGUGGUGCUUGGCCUGCCCAGCAUCCGGGCCACCGAGGCCUGCGUGCGCGCCUGCCCUGUGGCCUGCGCCUGCAGCAGCGUGGAGCAGGGCUGCUCGGUGCGCUGCGACCGCGCGGGCCUCCUGCGGGUGCCGGCCGAGUUCCCGUGCGAGGUGGCCUCCAUCGACCUGGACCGGAACGGCCUGCGCAUCCUGGGCGAGCGAGCCUUUGGCACGCUGCCGUCGCUGCGCCGUCUGUCCCUGCGCCACAACAACCUGUCCUUCAUCACCCCUGGGGCCUUCAAGGGCCUGCCGCGUUUGGCCGAGCUGCGCCUGGCGCACAACGGUGACCUGCGCUACCUGCACGCGCGCACCUUCGCCACCCUGGGCCGCCUGCGCCGCCUGGACCUGGCCGCCUGUCGCCUGUUCAGCGUGCCCGAGCGCCUGCUGGCCGAGCUGCCGUCCCUGCGCGAGCUCGCCGCCUUUGACAACCUGUUCCGCCGCGUGCCCGGCGCGCUGCGCGGCCUGGCCAACCUGACGCACGCUCACCUGGAGCGUGGCCGCAUCGAGGCCGUGGCCUCCAGCUCGCUACAGGGCCUGCGGCGCCUGCGCUCGCUCAGCCUGCAGGCCAACCGCGUCCGCGCCGUGCACGCCGGAGCCUUCGGCGACUGUGGCGCCCUGGAGCACCUGCUGCUCAACGAUAACCUGCUGGCCUCGCUGCCGGCCGACGCCUUCCGAGGCCUGCGCCGCCUGCGCACGCUCAACCUGGGCGGCAACGCGCUGGGCCGCGUGGCACGGGCCUGGUUCUCCGACCUGGCGGAGCUCGAGCUGCUCUACCUGGACCGCAACAGCAUCGCCUUUGUGGAGGAGGGCGCCUUCCAGAACCUCUCGGGCCUCCUGGCUCUGCAUCUCAACGGUAACCGCCUCACUGUGCUGUCCUGGGCCGCCUUCCAGCCGGGCUUCUUCCUGGGCCGCCUGUUCCUUUUCCGCAACCCGUGGCGCUGUGACUGCCACCUGGAAUGGCUGCAGGACUGGAUAGAGGGCUCUGGGCUUGCUACGGAUGUGCCAUGCGCCUCUCCGGGCUCUGUGGCUGGCUUGGAUCUCAGCCAGGUGGCCUUUGAGCGCUCCUCCGAUGGCCUGUGCGUGGACCCCGAGGAGCUGAACCUCACUGUGUCUAGUCCAGGCCCAUCCCCAGAGCCCGUGGCCACCACCGUGAGCAGGUUCAGCAGCCUCCUGUCCAAGCUGCUGGCCCCGAGGGUCCCAGUGGCGGAGGUGACCAACACUACCUGGGGGCCGGCCAAUGCCUCCCUGUCUGACAGCCUUCCCUCCUGUGGAAUGAGGGCCUCAGGCCACAAGACCACUUUUUUCUUCACCUCUUGUCUCCUGCUCAGUGUGGUCCAGUUCGUGCACAGAGGGACUGACUCUGGUGGCCCAAACCGCUUUGGCCAAAAGAAGGAAGCUUAGUUAGCUGGGUUUAGGAGCCAUUGUGGCAAGGGUGGAGGGAUCA